UUAAUAAUUAAAAUUAAAUAUUAAUAAUUUAAAUUCAAUUAAUAUUAAUAUUAAUAAAUAUCAUUAAAUAAUGCAUUCUCUCUUUUUUUGUCCUUUUAUUUUAAUACCUUCGCUGCCUUCACUGUAGAUGACGGCGAUCAAUAAAUCUUGGACCAAAAUUAGAAAUCGUGGUUGUCUCGAAUUUUGGAAUGGUUUGCAAGCUUUUUUAACAAUGGCGUCAAAAUAUAAGGAUUGUGAUGGAAGAAUUAGAUGUCCUUGUGUGAGAUGUAUAAAUAAUAGAUUUGAAAAAUUAGAGACUGUUAGAGCACACGUAUUUGAUCGAGGUUUUAUGAAAGGAUAUGAAAAGUGGACUUAUCACGGAGAGCCAGAGACUGUUGUUGAUGAUGAAGUAGUUGGACUAGAUGAUGAAAUGAUCCCCAUUCUCCAAGACUUUUUUCCUCCGACAACAGAGAAUGUACAAGAGGGGCCAACCACAAACCAACAUGUUGAUAGGGAGAGUUUGAAGUCUAUUUGCGAAUUGUCCAUUAGCGAAAAAAAUUUAAAUCGCUCAACAAAAUACAAUAAUGGUCCAUCAAAAGAGCAUAUGGUCGAUACACAGAGAGUGUCUCAUACGAAAAAUUUGUCUAGUGGUUUUGUCGACGAAACCGCUACAGAAAAUUUUGUAAGUAAAUAAAUAUUGCAUUGUUAAAUUUCAAAUAUUAUAUUAACUACACGUUUUAAUAAUGUUUAUUUAAAUAGGGGAAAUUGCGUAAGGAGCUUGAUAGGAAACGACUUGAAAGACAAUCUCAGAGUGAUACAUCUGGAAAAGUUCUUAGAAAAAGACCUAACUAUCAAAGAUGCAUGGGUUAUAGGACCAAAGGCAAAGGGAAAAAAUUGCACAGUCAAAGUCAGUCAGCUGCGCAACUUCUGCCCCCUAAUAAAAUUUGCAAUAUAGUGGCAGAUAUGUUUACAACUUUACGUGACACAUUUGGGAGUAGGCUGACACCUGAACAACGUGCCAAGUUAUAUAACCCACGGUUUGAUAAGUUUAUCCAAAUGUACGGUCAAUCACAAACUCCUAGUGGUUCGUCUUCUCAGAGUUACGCCGCUCCUUCGCAUCAGCAACACCAGCCUUCUCUACAGCAGCAACAACAACAGUUUGGUCCGCAGCAGGGAAAUUAGUUCGUAUAUGGAACCCCUUUGCAGUCUCCUUUGCUCGGUUCAAAUUUUGAUGAUUUCAAGAUAUUUGGGAGUUUCCUGCAGGAACAACAAUUUUUUUCAACCCUGAUACUAAACCAAGCUCAAUUAGAGGAUACUUGGUUUAUCUUCAAAUCAAACAUAUGUUCCUUCUCCACCACAACCAUCAGAACCUCCCAACAAUAAUAAUGUGAAUUAAGACUUUUUCUUUCGAAACCUUAAUGAUAAUUUUAUGAAAUAAUUAGUUUAAGUUUGUUAAUAAUUCAAACACUAUAAUAUUAAAUAUAUUUUAUUUAGUGUUAAAUCAUAAUAUUUAGAAUUGGUUUAAUUAU